AUGACAACUCAGGAACUUAAAACUGACAAUUCUCUUGAAUUACUUUCAAGAGAAAAGGAUUCAUUUAUAUUUGCACAAGAAGAACUUGUUAACCAUAGUGAUUAUUUUAGUGGCAUGUUAAACAGUGGGAUGAAAGAGUGCUUAGAUCGACAGAUUUAUUUACAAGCAGUUUCAUCAAAUGCCCUGAAAUUCAUAUAUUUAUACUUAGAAUCCAAAUCAAAACAAUCUAGUUUAGCAUAUGAUAAACUGAGGAAAAAACUAGACUUGGAUAUUGAGUAUUUAGAAAAUGUGCUCAAUGCAGCAGUCUAUCUACAGAUGCAAGAACUGAUAGAUGUAUGUGUUAAAAGCAUGGAGACUGUCCUGAAUAGUAACAUUAGUUUAUUUUAUGACAAGGUGUUUCUCCUUGCAAACAAGUAUGACUUACAAGAAAUGCUUUCUAUGCUAGAGCUUGUUAGAUUUCAAAAUGUUAGUGCAUUUUGUAAGACGGAAGCUUUCACUGAAAUGGAUGUUAGUGAAUUGAAAGAAUAUUUGAAAAGUGACUGUUUGUUAGUGAAAGAUGAAUGUAUUGUGUUAGAUGCAUUACUUUUAUGGUUAACCAACCAUAAUAAAGACUUAACAAAUAUGUUUACGGGCAACAUGUCCCAAAUCCAUGAAAGUUCUUCAUCUGAAGAUGCACAUGUAAAGGUCACUUGUGCAUCAUAUAAUGCAAAAAGAGAAUUAGUUCACACUGUGCGGUUUCCCUUUAUUGCUCAGUUGCUUACAUCCAAAGAAUUCAAAUCGCUUUCAAAUAAAAUUGACAAAACUGUUAGAGCCAUUAAUGAUGAAGAGCUAAGAGAUAUGAUUUUGAAUUCAUUGAACACAAGUAGCAUACAGCUGGAGGAUUACAUUGACAAUCCCCAUAAAAUGAUCUCCAAGUACCCCUAUGCAACUGUUGAAGAACGGAAUUCAAAAAAUGCUGUAUUAUUCUAUGGAGGAUUUACUGCCUCUGAGGCCUGUACUAAUCGAGUGCAAAUUCUGGGUAUUGAAAAACUGGAGGCAGCAUUUGAAACAUCUACUGAGAGUAGGCUAAAUGACACACCUAAAACAGUUGAAAAAUCAUUUCCAACUGACAAUAACACAAUUGUGAUACACGGUUUCAUGAAAGAAAAAUUACCAAAGUCAUUAUGUGAACAUUGUGUAUGUGUAAUAGACAAUAUAGUGUAUGUUGUUGGGGGUCAAACUGCAUAUUCUAAACAUGGCUGGAAUACUGUGAACACUGCAUACAGGUUCAAUCCUGUUAUCUCUCACUCAAACUACAUGCCACUGCAGGGUAAAAGAUCACAAGUAAAACUACAAUGGAAAGAGAUAAGCCCUAUGAAAACAGCCAGAAGUUUGUUUGCAAUGGUUGAACUUGACAAGAAACUGUAUGCGAUGGCAGGGUGGAUAGGCCCAGGUACUACAACCAAAAAGACUGAAGUUUAUGACCCUAUAGAAGAUACAUGGACUGAACUUCCACACUUAACAUUCCCCAAAGGGCUUCAUGAGCAUGCAGCAUGUGUUUACAAUGGGACUAUAUACACAAGUGGAGGCUACAAAGGCCCUGAUGCUGGUCAUCUAGAUUGUGUGUUUAAACUCGACACUGCUUGCACUCCUUGUUCACCCAUGCAUAGAGCCAGAAGUUACCACAGCAUGAUCUCCAUAGCAACAGGAAUAAUGGUGAUUGGAGGAGUGAAUUAUGUUGGUGAUGGGGAAUUUGAAGAUGUAAAGGAAUGUGAGCUUUAUGACCCAGCAAGUGACCAAUGGACAAGUAUAUCCACCAUCCCCUACCCAGCCAGUUGUAUGUCACAUGUCUUCCACAAAAACAAGGUGUACCUAUUCGGCGGUCAUUCAUUUGAAGAUGACACUGACCAUGACCAGUUACAGAGGCUGGAUUUAAUGACUAUGGGCUGGAGUGAUAAAAGGUUCACAGCAAGUGGGAUUAGAUAUUUUGCAUGUGCCAUGAUGAAAGUUGCCAACACAUGCUUUCCAAUGUAACAUAACAAUAAACUUCUUCAUUGAAACUAGAACAACUAGUCAAAACACAAAUGCAUUGAAGUGUAUCGUCAUGACAUCAUUGGGGGUUUUGACAUUUGCUCAGGUGAAUUACAGUUGACACUUUCAUAUAAAAGCACUAUAUAUAAACACAAAAGAUCCUGUACUUUGAAUGUAGCCCUUUCAAAAAAAUCUCAAAUAUAACAUUAUUUUAGUCCACAUAAAAACUAAUGGUGAAUUGUGUGCAAAUUAUUUUGAAUAUUCCUGUUGACAUUAUAAUGUUCUAGUUCUCAUUUUUUAUUUAAAUCAAGCUAGCUGCAUGGUUUCAAGGAUUUUUUCUCCCAGAAAAAUGUAAUAAUUAUGAAACAAAACUUCAAAAUUCUUAAAUGAACAAAAUUUUGUAAAAAUGUACCU